AUGCCGAAAAUAGGCGAGAGCGAGCGAGCCCUCCAAGAGGGCGAGGGUUUCGAUUCGCUCCUGAUAGGUGUCGUGCGUUCUCUGGUGUCGUCGUGCGUGGUGGCGGCGACGGCAAAUCUUUUGGUAUUCUUCAUGUCCGGCCCGCGACGGCCCCCUGAGGUUGUUGGGUUGUCGUCGACUAUGCAGUUCGGGAACAUGGCCUUAAUCGAGCGCGUCAGGGCCGAGGACUCGGUGCUGUCUGCCAUCCCGGAAGCGGCCGAACGAAGCUAUUCUAGAAACAAGGCCCCUAGUUUCUUCCUGAUCCUGUCCCCGGUCCUGUCCCUGAUCUAA